CAGAUUUGUCUCACUUUUGUUUUUGCACGGACCCGGAUUUAUUUGGCGAAGGUGAGUCGGCUCUCGUUUAUGGUCUUUGUUUUGCGUGGUGCUGAAUUAAUUGCUCGUGGAAGUAUUUCUCAAUCACUGACAUUAUGGAGGAAGAAGACGACGAAAAUUGUGCCGAUCUUAAGAAACUUGACAUGUCUAAAAAUGACGAUGAUGAUGAUGACGAAAUUAACGAUGCAUUAGGACCGCUCCGAGAAUACGACGACUUGGAAGCUCAAAUGGAAUGCUUAAAAGCAAAAUCCACUCAUCCAGAAAUGUUUGUGUCCGGCUUUGAUGUGGAUGACCAAGGAAUUGAGGAUGCCGAAGAUCCAAAUUCUCCUGGUGAACUUCUCCUCAAAAGUGCAGAGGACGGUGACCUAAACUUAAUCGCUAAACUGAUGGCUGAAAACCCGACCUUGGUCAGUUACCAAGACCAAGAUGGGUACACUGCUCUUCAUCGUGCCUCUUAUUCGGACCAUUCCGAAGUCAUCAAGUACCUAAUUGCACACGGAGCGCAGGUCGAAAAGGGAACCGAAGAUGGGUGGACGCCACUCCACUGCGCCACACAUUGGAACUCAUACAAGGCUGCGAGACAACUGGUCAAUUCGAACGCCAAUGUCAAUGCACAAACUAAUGGAGGUCAAACUCCCUUACACAUCGCAUCUAAUCAGCAAUCUCGUGAAUGUAUGAUCAUUCUACUAUCACAUCCUGGAAUUGAUAUCACCUUGAAGAACUCUUUAGGUGAGACUCCACUCGAUUUGGCCUUAAGGGCUGGAAGAUAUGCAUAUCUAUUUGAAAUGUGCGACGAGUCUAUUAACAAGCUUGAUUAAAUGUUAAACAUUGGAUAGAUUGUUACUACUCAUGCUACCUUUCCGAGAUAAUUUCUAGACUGAAGAAGUAAAUCAAAUCUGUGAUGUAAUUUUGAACAAUGAUGGUCAAAAGAUUAUUAUUAAUAGUUGUUUAAUAUCUUUAUUAUAUCUUUUUAUCUUUAUUAUGAUUACUGUGUCAAAUAGUUAUCUUAUAUAAAUUCAUAUAAGUAAAUAACGAAAUGUUUUCUGAA